CACAGUGGCAAAGAGUAUAGUGGUAUUGUAGGAUAUACGGUCGUUGAGUUGCGUACAGUACUGCUUUAAUUGAAUUUUUUAUUUACAAUGGGAGAAAAGAAUAAAGGUAGCGAUAACGACGAUGAAGGAUCAGAAGUUGAAUUUGUUGCUGAUAAAGGUUAUGGUGAUCCAGAGAAGUAUGACCCAUCGUUCCAUGGACCAAUUGAUAACAGGAGUUGUACAGAUGUUAUAUGUUGCCUCCUGUUUAUUGCUUUCGUCGGUGGAAUGUUUGCUGUUGGCGGUUACGCCUGGAUCAAUGGGGACCCUAGAGUGCUGGUCUACCCUACUGACUACAAAGGACAAAUUUGUGGCAUCUCGCCUGCAGUAAAGGACAAGAAAUUUUUGUUCUUUUUUGAUCUUUUGAAGUGUUCAUCAACAUUGACCAGUUUACAGCUUACCUGUCCAACAAAACAGAUAUGUGUUUCCGAAUGUCCGAAGGAAUCAUACACAGCGUACACUGAAGUUUUCCGCUCGUCUGCAACUGGAUUUAUCCGUGGUCUCACAGAAGCAGAUUUUGCACUACUUGAGAAAUUUUGUGAUUAUGGUUUUAACCCCUGGGCAGAAUAUAAUGACCCGACGUCUAAAUAUUAUCGUGAGGAUGGAUUGGCCAAAAUGCUGGAGGAUGAGAAAUGUCCAACAUAUUAUCUGGAAAGUGAACCAUUUCUUGAAAGAUGUGUUCCUAAGUUUCUGGUGGAUCUUGUUGAAGGGGUUGUAGAUGCAGCAACAGCAAAAGAUAACUUUACAUCAGGGUUAGAAAAAACAAAUAAUGGACAGAAUCUCACAUUAUCCAAUGGGGACACAUACAGCUUGGACAGCCUCGCUUCAUAUCUGUCAAAGGCUGUCAGUAUAUUCCUAAAUUUUCAGAAGACUGCUGCUCUCGUUCUGGAUGAUUUCUAUGCUGUUUGGUACUCAAUAGUGAUAUGCCCUAGCACGAUGCAAUAUUAUUACUAUUAUUAUUGUUUAUUGUAUUUUUUAUUUUGUUAUUGUUGUGUUAAGUGCCAGACCAAGGAUAGACAUGCAUGCAUAUGUGAAUUGGCUCAAUGGGUAUUAUUACUCGAACACAUUAUAUUUCUACAAUUUUUUUUAUCUCUCUUGCAUAUUCCUAUAGGUUGUUAUUACUGCUGGUUUAGGUACAUGAAACUUGAGGACAUGCAAACCAAUGCAGAGAAGUCCCUUGCUGACAUUGGCUUUACGACUGACCUUGAAAGCUACUUGACCUUGAAGGACACCUGGUAUGCCUUUGGAAUUAUUCUUGCUGUUGUCUUUGCAUUGCUGCUCCUCAUCACAGUGUGUCUAUGCAAACAAAUAAGAAUAGCUGUUGGUAUGAUUCAAGAAGCAAGCAAGGCUGUUGCUUCUAUAAUAUCAACGCUUUUCUUCCCUGCAGUACCAUUCAUCUUACAAGUGUUGCUGUUUGUUGUAUGGGGAUCAAUUGCAUUGUACCUUGCGAGCUCUGGCGUACAGGACUGCCUGAAAGUCGCACCAGCUUAUUCAAAUUUCACUUACCAGGCUUGGAAUGUUCCUAGGGCAAAUUUUGAAUGUGAUUGUAAUACCAACUAUUCUCUGGCAGAUGAUACUGCCCUUAAUCUAACUGGCUUUGAGGAAGGCUCCAUCAUCUGCGAGUUCCAAUCAUACGCGGUGCCCGACCUAGCCCUGUACUUGCAGGCCUACAACCUGUUUGGUCUCUUUUGGCUCAUGUACUUUAUCAUAGCCUUGUGUCAGGUGACUCUUGCUGGUGCCUUUGCUUCCUGGUAUUGGACGUUUCAGAAGAAGGACACGCCCACAUUUGCUGUGACUGCCUCAUUCUGGCGGGCUAUUAGGUAUCACUUGGGAUCCAUUGCAUUUGGUUCAUUGAUCAUUGCCAUCAUCAAGAUGAUACGUGUCAUGCUGGAGUAUCUUGAAAGAAAGUUGAAAGGCCAAGAAAAUGAUGUUGUCAAGUAUAUCAUCAAGUGUUUGAAAUGCUGUUUCUGGUGCUUAGAAAAGUUCAUGAAAUUCCUAAAUAAAAAUGCAUACAUCAUGAUUGCCGUGUAUGGUAAGAAUUUCUGUACAUCAGCAAAGAAAGCUUUUUUCCUACUGAUGCGAAAUAUUCUGAGAGUGUUUGUAGUGAAUCAAUUGACCGAUUUCUUGAUAUUUCUCGGAGUCAUGUUUGUUGUGUGCCUGUGUUCUGUUGCUUCCUUUUAUUAUUUUACCAAUAGCAUCACUAUAGUAUCGGAAUAUGUCCCAGCUCCUGAACUCAAUUACUAUUGGUUGCCAAUUAUAACAAUUGGAGUGGGCUCAUAUGUAAUCGCUAAAGGAUUCUUUAGUGUUUAUGACAUGGCUGUAGACACAUUGUUCCUCUGUUUCUUGGAGGACCUUGAGCGACAUGAUGGUUCUGCGGAGAAGCCUUACUACAUGUCCACGAAUCUGAUGAAGAUUGUCGGCAAGAAAAAUAAAAAGGUGAAGAAGACACAGCAAUAGAAGACACAGCGACGGAAGCGAAAAAAAAAAAAAUAAAAAGAAUCAUUCCUUGAGAACCAUCAGUGCCUGAAGUAGUACUAAAUAUAAAAAAUUUAAAAAUUUAAAAUUAAAAAAAUCAUACAUUUGUGAGUUCUUAAAUUGCGUAUUUCACUGUUCUAGACUAGAUAAUGAUAAUUCUUGUAGCUUUGUAAUUUUUAAGCUUACUAAUUCUGUAUGGAAAUUUCCAACUUUAUAAAUUAUAUUUGUUAUUUAAUAUGUCGGUGAUUAGAGGAAAAAUUCACAAUGUUACAUUCAAAGUUUCUUAAUUGCAGAGAUAACAAAGAAUUAUUACAUACACCAAUAUACAGUUACAUAUAGAAAUGUUAUGCAUUGCAAGAUUUACUUACUAAUGUUCAAUCAAGCUUAUGUAAAGUGUAUUGGUUCAUUAAGAAUGAACACAUUUAAUAUGUUAUACAUGAGUAUAAAUGUACAUAAUAUUGAAUUUCUAUGGGCUAAACUACUGAAAAUAUGAAUAACAAAAUAGUUUGAUUGAAAAUUUACACUACACUGACUAAUACUAUUUAUAUAAAGUAAAGUGGCUGACAAUAAAAAGUUUGUAUAUCAGCAAAAAUGAAUCACAAAGUAAUUUUAUUAUUGACUUUUUUAAAUGUUUUGUCAGAUAUUGCUAAUUUAGUAUGUCUUUAGUAAAAUAACAUAUGAGGUUGGAUCUAUAAUGAGAAUUACUAUAUUUUGAUACCUAUUUUGACUAGUAUUUAUCAUUUCAAUUAAUAUAUUUCUUAAAGUUUGAUACCAUAUGUAACUUUUAUAUAGAGCACCUUGCAAUCUUACUGUCUUUUUAUACAUUUUUUUUGUGUUUAAUAAUUGUGAUAAUAUAUGCAUAUAUGUAUAUAUUGCACCUAUGCGAGUAUGUAAAUUUGUUUUGACUGUAUAUAUACAGUAUAGUGAAAAAUUAGGAUUUUUUUAGAUUUAACUUGGUCACAUGUUUUCCUUGUGUUGACAAUAUUCUAUAGAUGCCUAGUUUGAUAAAUUUUUGCACAUUUCCAAUAUUUUAUCGAUUAUUAUUAUUAUGUUGAUUGAUUAAAUUAAAAUUACAUUAUUCUAAAAAUAUUGAUUAAUAUAUAUUUUUUAUGUAGAGUACUUAUUACUAUUUUUAUGGAUUUGAUUCAAGCAUCUAUCAAAAGCUAUGUUAGAAAAACACCUUGGGUAAACAUCAAUGCAGAGAGUUGUAAUAACAUUGGCCAACCAUUGAAUAUUAAGUACUGUUUUAUAAUUGUAUGCAUCAGGGAAAUAUGAAGAAUUGAGCCAGUUUAUUAUAAUUAGUUAAUAACAUUAGUAUAGUAUUCAUUGAAAGUAAUAAGAACAAUAUGUAAAAGAACAAAUGAUUGGGAUGGUGGAAGAACUGUUAUAGCUCUUUAUAUGAAUGAAUGAGAGUAACUUGUAAAACAUAAAAUAGAUUGUUUAGAAAAAUGUUUGUUGUAACAAGUGAGAGGGAUGUAUGAAAAUAUAUCUUUUAUCUCCAUUGCUUUUUGCAUGCUUCCAGAAUAUACCGGUACUAGUAGAGAACUCUAGAAUUCAAAGAUAUGAACAUAAAUUUACUAAUUAUCAACAGCUGAUUCAUAGGUUAAAGGACUUAAAUUAUAGUUGAAAUUAUAGUUCCAUUGAAAAUUAAAAAUUAAUGCACUGUUAUGAUGUUUAAAGGAUGAAUUAGUUUUAAUCAUCUAUAAUUAUUUUUAUAUGAAAUAAAUGUUUAUUAAUUUGCUUUAAUAUAGGAAUGUUCCCAUGCACAUCUCACCUAUACAAAAAAAAAAGGUGUAUAAUUGAGCGGUUACGCCGCUUUUUCCCCCAGUUUUUAAAUAUUCAAAAAUCUGUAUCUCAUUCACCAUUCUCCAGUUUUUCGUCAAACAACUUUUUUCUGUCUUAGAAAAAUCAGUUCUACAACAUAUCAAAAAUGUUUUCCUCCGGAGCCUGACUUUAACAUGAUGUGUAUAUAACAUUCCUAGUUUUUAAGUUAAGGUACUGUAUAGAUAAGAUUGUUUUAGUUGUAAGUCUUCUGAGAAAGCAUAUUUGCAUUCAUUCGAUGGUCAGUCAAUUUUAACAAUAACAAAUCUUUGGGCUACACAAAACUUUAGGCUGUGCAGUGUGGGUAUUCGUUCUUUUGAAGGUGGGCUGUGGUGCUCGAAGGUAUCUAGUCUCCCAUAUGUCUCGAGAAAAACCGGCAUUAUCUUCCCUGUACCCUUGUAAGCAAGCUAAUCAACUGCCUAAAACAAUUUGUAUUUGCAUGUUUUUUACUACUUUAUUAUUAAAUUUAUUCCUGAAAUCAGCUGAUUAUGCGUAUCACCACUACCCUCAGCAAUGUACAAUUGAAGUGGCACCAGAAAUUUGCUGACAAGUGGUCCUACAUAUCCGACGGAGGGGUCUGAACCAAGGGGCCGACUGCAGCCUCGGUCAACGGCCUGGAAUAAAGGAUAAAUGAGUUUUGUCCAAAUCGUGCAUUUAGACCGCAAUAUUAGGGAUAAGCAUUCAAAAUAACGUUAUUUGGAUAGGAAAAUUAUUAUUUUCUUUAUUUUUGUAUGCUUGCUACAAAAUAUUGUAACGUUUUUGCAUGCCAUUUCAAAUACAAAAUACAGUAAAUCUGCUCCUGAUCAUCUGCUCCUGA